AUGAAAAAUCUACGUUACAUCUUUAUAAUUCAGUCUCUUCGCCUAGGAGCUGUGUUUCUCAUACUUUCAAUCUCAGCCCAUGCUUCGGUGAUGCAACGCAGAAUGAGUCAACCAGCCGAGCCUGGAUACCACUGCAAUAAUCAAAUAUAUCUAUUCAGUGACAUAGAAACCGUUCGGCAAAAAGCUUGCAAAGCAUUCACGUAUCCGAGGAAGGAAUCGAGACGACCACUCGUAAAUACUUAUAGCGAUAAUGUCGAAAAUUGGAUAUUUGAGUGGUCAAUUCCUGCAUGCCUAGCGAAAUAUUCCAAGGGUGUGAACAGAGCAACCCCAGAUAAGAUUACCUUUAACAAUAGUUGUGAACUUACUGGUGUGCUUUCGUACGAUAGUGCAUCAUCUAAAUAUAAUUUAUGUGCCAAAGUACCCGAAGUGUCAACAAGUGCGUCUUCAAGGAUGAACCAAGACCCCGUCAAGUCGUUCAUCCAAUGUGGAUCCUUAUCAUUGGAAAUAAUAGAGAUUCAGCGACACGCGAGUGCUCAAUCAACCAGAUUUAUGGAAGGGUUCGUUGAAGUAGAGAACUCAUCUUUUGAAGUUGACGGUCCCUGGAGGAGAAAUGUUUUGGGCAAGAUAGUAUCUGUACACAAUAGACUACACAACAUCUACUACGAAGUCAUGAUAAACAAUCAAAAUGAAGUUCGCGGCAUGGUCUUUACGCACUAUAUAAGAAGUGUAGGUCCCGCAGCCGCUAAGUGUAAUGACAACAAACAUGAUCUGUUGCACAUGAAAAAACACCGGGAAAAUCGAUGCAUCAGACUUGUUUGCAUUUUUAACACGAAAUUUGAACUUUUUCCCAAUAGACUAGCGUUGAUACCAUCCAUCUCUCGCAAGCGAAAGACUCUAAAAUAA